AUGAAUGUAAUCGCCGAACAUAUUGUUCCAAUUGCUGCAAGCGAACCCCCAACACCGAUUCCGAUCUUUGACCCGUUACUCAGUGCCGAGGAUGAGGGCGAUGGGAUAUCGCUCGGAGAUUUAGUCUCAGUGUUCGUGGCCAGCGCCGAGCCUCUUGUUGGUGAAGUUCCCGGCGAAGUAGUAGAGGGUGAUGCAGAUGCUGGCCCAGUUGCAGCAUUAAACACAAAACCAUUAAUAUUUGCCGACCAUAGUUUGGCCAACACUCAGAGGGGAGUGACAUUGUCCAAGUGUGGCAGCACCCAGAAAGGAGCCCAGAAAAGUGUAUGA